CGGCAGCAGUAGUACAGUGUCCUCAAUCGGUGCUUGCAUAUGAACACAUAUUUGACAUUUGGUAGCUAAGGAGAAUUUCAAGGGGCAGCACGGUGAGAGAGAGAGAGAGAGAGAAGAAGAAGAAGAAGAAGAAGAAGAGAGAGGAGGUUGUUAAUUACAACAUAUGCGAUUUUGUCAUCGUUCAGAUCCAUAUCUUUAAAUUCCUCGAGCACCGCAGCGUCCCGCGAAUACCCUGCUGUAUUUUCUUCGCACACGAAUCUCGCCCCGAAAAGAGAAGAGGGAGACGAAGCGAAUCAUUAUAGCAAACAACUCCUAUGGUAGUUCUUUGUCAAUUUCUACGCCUUCUUCCUCUUGCUCCAUGAACGUACGCGAUCCUUUUGGUAUCCAUCGAAAGAGUGCUUUAUCCAUCCUUAAAACUACCGCAUCUCGUGCUGCCAUCGACCUUACCGAGCGCGCCGUCGAGGCCAGUAUCCAUGCUAUUGAGAAAAGCAAGCAGGCUGUUGACGAGUUUGACAUGUCAUUUUCCGUUCCCAAAAAUGUUCCCUCGUUCGGAAAUCCCCAGAGGAUGAUGGAGGACCGUGCUUGGGGCAACACAGCGGUAACUGCGCGAGGCGGAAAGGGUUCGUCACAUACAAAUAAAAACUCGGGGAUACUUGGGGAGGUGCAGGAACGUGUUGGGAGCCUGUUUGAUGACAAGAACACUCUCCCCAUGUAUAAAGACAAGCCAUAUGCCUACCCGCCAUCCCAGCGAGCCAGACCCAUCUGGCGGAGAAAGCGAGUUCUUGGCUCGGUUCUUUUACUGUUCUCGCUUUUGUACUAUUUCGGUGCUUUCGGUCGCCACCAUGACACCGCCGUCUCUUCGACCCCUAUAUGGUCCUGGCUUACAUCUGGCUCCGAAUCAGGAAAGAUCGCUGACUGGACCAAGAGGAGAGAUCGUGUCGUAGAAGCCUUUACUUUGAGUUGGGAUGCCUAUGAACGAUACGCCUGGGGCUACGACGCGUUUCAUCCAAUAUCUAAGAAAGGUGAGCAGAUGGCUCCUCAGGGGAUGGGCUGGAUUAUCGUGGAUGCGCUGGACACUAUGAUUUUAAUGAACCUUACGUCCCGGGUCUCCCACGCGAGGCAGUGGAUCUCGACUCUGUCAUAUGAUCAGGAUCAGGAUGUUAGCACUUUCGAGACGACAAUUCGUAUGCUUGGCGGUCUCCUCUCGGCUCACUAUCUCUCAAAUGAGUUCCCUGAGCUGGCACCAUUGGCCGAGGACGAUCCAGGUGCGCCCGGGGAGGAUCUCUAUCUUGAAAAGGCAAAGGACCUGGCCGAUCGGCUCGUGACCGCCUUUGAUUCGCCAUCGGGUGUCCCUUACGCAAGCGUGAACCUGGGCAAGUAUGAAGGCUUACCAGCCCACGAUGAGGGCGGUGCCUCAUCUACUGCCGAGACGACCACCCUGCAACUAGAGUUCAAAUACCUUGCUAAGUUGACCGGUGAGAAAUACUUCUGGGACAAAGCCGAGAAGGUGAUGGAGGUUGUCGAUAAUAAUGGCGUCGAAGAUGGCUUGGUUCCCAUCUAUAUCUAUGCCAAUGACGGCACUUUUAGAGGUCACAACAUCCGACUGGGAAGCCGUGGGGACUCUUAUUAUGAGUAUCUCAUCAAGCAAUACCUGCAGACAAACAAGCAGGAACUGGUUUAUUUGGAGAUGUGGGACGAGUCUCUGCGAGGGGUUCGCAAGCAUCUCAUUACCUACACGGAGCCCUCCGAAUUUACGAUAAUUGGUGAACGGCCUGAUGGCCUGAAGGGUCCUUUGUCACCCAAGAUGGAUCACUUGGUCUGUUUCAUGCCUGGCACUAUUGCUCUUGCUGCAACAGGCGGCUUGACAGAGGCAGAAGCCAAGAAGCAGCCAACGUGGACGAACAAGAACGAGGCCGACAUGCAAUUAGCAAGGGAGUUGAUGCAGACGUGCUGGGGCAUGUAUAAAUGGAUGGCUACCGGUCUCGCGGCGGAGAUCACAUACUUUAACAUCGCUACACCCCCUCUUCCCGAAUCCGCCCCUCACAAGCCGCCGGCCGAAUUCAACGAGGAUCCUGAGGCGCGGUGGCGGAAAGACUUCACGGUCCACUCGAUGGACACCCAUAACCUACAGCGACCAGAGACCGUAGAAAGUCUUUUUUAUAUGUGGAGGAUCACUGGUGAUAUAAAAUACCGAGAAUGGGGAUGGGAGAUGUUUAAGUCAUUUAUGAACCAUACCGCUGUCCAAGAUGGUGGUGGGUUCUCGAGCCUAUCGAACGCGAAUAAAGUUCCACCUGUGAUGCGAGAUAACAUGGAGAGCUUUUGGCUAGCGGAAACAUUGAAAUAUUUCUAUCUCUUAUUCUCGUCAGACGAUCUCCUUCCGUUGGAUAAAAUUGUUAUCAACACCGAAGCACAUCCUCUUCCGCGGUUCGACAUGGGCCAGCUCUUCUCGACCGGGUGGAAGAGAAAACCGAGGGAUUCGGAUGGAAAGAUAAUUAGAUGAGUUACAAAACAUUGAGCAUGCGUAUGGUAUCGUCUCUACUUACUACUUACCUAUUUCCAGGAGCAUUGUUGGCGUAUUGUUACUCUUGGGAGAGAGAGGGAGGAGGAGGGGUAGGAUGUGGAAUGGAUUUGUUUUAUCUAUCCUUUUCUAUUUUGCCGCAUGGUAUAUAUGGCACAAUAGAAUAUGUAUAAACUUUGCCUUA